AUGCCUCGAGAACUCAUCACCGUACAGGUCGGACAAUGUGGCAACCAAAUGGCAUGGCGAUUUUGAGACCUUGCCCUCCGAGAGCACGCCCAAUACAACAAAUCUGGAAUUUUCGAUGAGCCUAUGUCAAGCUUCUUCCGAAAUGUGGAUCCCCAAUACGCAAAUCCUCAAAAUAUCCCUGUAGGCCAGCCUAUAAAUACCUUGAAAGCCAGAUCUGUUGUAAUUGAUAUGGAAGAAGGUGUUUUAAACCAACUUCUUCGCAGUGACCUUGGAGAGCUAUUUGAUAGUCGCCAAUUUAUAAUGGAUGUCUCUGGAGCAGGGAACAAUUGGGCUCAUGGGUUUUACGAAUAUGGCUCAAAAUACGAAAAUAUUAUCAUUGACCAAGUAAGAAGGGUUGCAGAACAAUGUGACAGCUUACAGAGCUUUUUUUUGAUGCAUAGUAUGGGUGGAGGAACUGGAAGUGGAGUUGGGACAAGGACUUUGGGGAUUUUAGCUGAUAAUUUUCCUGAAAUUUUUAGAUUUUCGACUGUGGUUUACCCUGAAAAUGAUGUGGUGACUGGGCCUUAUAAUGCAGUUUUAGCUAUGAAUGAGCUGACAGAGCAUGCCGACUGUGUGCUGCCAAUUGAUAAUCAAGCAUUAAUGGACAUUUUAUAUAACAUUGAGAAUUCUAGCUCACCCCUCUUAAAUCGGAACAAAUUUAGGUAAAAAUACUAUUUUUUGGGAACUUUAACCCCUUAAAUUGAACAGAAUUUUGUUUCUCAAUUAUAGGUGAAAAUACUUAUUUUUAUAAAAUUAGUUUAAUAGUGCAAAUAAAAUAUAUUUUAAAUAAAUAGAUUAAUUUUUGAAUUAAUUCUUCAUAAAAUAAUUAAAAUCCAAAAGCAUUGCACUCAAUUAAUUUAUGAAAUUUAUUUAUUGAUAAAUUUUAAAUAAAAAAAUUAACCCCUUUUAAAUGGAGCCGAAUUUUUUUUUAGUUUAAAUGGGGAGUAAAAGGAAAGAAAAAGGAGUAAAAACAGAAAUUACAGAUUUAGGAGAAUCAAAAGUACAGUCUUUUACAAAAAUGAAUAAUAUUAUUGCACAUAUGCUGAAUAAUUUGACGUGCUCAAUGAGAUUUGAAGGAAUGUUAAAUGUCGAUCUUAAUGAAAUUACUAUGAAUUUGGUUCCUUUUCCAAAAAUGCAGUAUUUAAUAUCAAGCAUUUCGCCGUUGUACUCUAUUUUAGAUGUAAAAAUGGAGCCAAGGAGGCUUGAUCAAAUUUUUUCUGAUGUAAUUGAUAGGGAUUUUCAGUUAUAUUUUAUUGAUUUAAAUAUACUGAAAUAUUGAAAAAAUAGGGUGUUAGGGUGUUAAGAUGUUAUUUUUUGGAAAAAGGAAUAUUAAAAGUCGACCCAAGACAUUCAACUUAUUUAGCUUGUGGACUGAUCCUAAGAGGAGACGCCAAAAUAGCAGACAUUCAUAGAAAUGUAAACAGGAUUAAGCCUGAUAUGAGAAUGAUUAACUGGAAUCAAGAAGGCUUUAAAAUUGGCCUCUGCAAUGAGCCUCCUGUAGGAAUGCCUUACUCUUUACUAUGCUUAUCCAAUAAUUCCUCCUUAACUUAACUUACUAAAGGUCGCGGUGUACCUUAUUGGUUGCGAAGUCGCCAGGAUCCCACCAGGAGAUUCAUCCUAUGCAACGAGCUGUCGAGGGCAUGAACGGCGAGUUGCCUUUCCGGCAAAUUAGCUCGAACGGUUUCUCCUUCCUACUUAGGCUCUGAUACCAUGGACACCCGAAGUUUUCUUGCUGCAUGUCCUCUCCUCGCAUUGACGACUUUAGUGUUGAGUGGGUAGGCUAGGACUCCAGCGGCUUUGCUUGAGACUAUGGGAAACGAAAUUGCCCGCACAAAAAUCCCAAAAAUGGAAAUUCUGGUUGACUUUCAGCUCAAAAGAAAACUUUUAGCUCAGGUCGUAACUCCUGAUUUCACGCUGGCGAAUUUCCUGAUUGGUUUAGGCGUUUCCAGUAAGCCUUAUGGGCUUCCCCUUUCCAACUCAAAGUUCCCUUUUCCCUCUAAAACCUUACCUUGAAAGCGAACUAGGGGUAGGCUCUAAACACCUCUGGAAUUGCUUAUCUAGCGCCUGCUAUCCAUUUAUAGUUAUUAAAACCUUGCCGAAUAUAAUUAAUAUGAGACAGAGGCUGCAUGUCCUUCUGGCCUUGCCCAAGUCGAGACGUUAUAUUUAAUUAUCCUGAUAAUUCUGCCAUAAAAAAUCAAUUCGGAGCAUUAAAGCAGAAAUUUUUAAAGCUAUAUAAAAGGAAAGCUAAUGUUCACCAUUAUACAAAUUUUAUGGAAGCAGCGCAUUUUGAUGAAGCCUUAAGGAGUUUAGAUGACUUAAUAGGCCGCUAUGAAGAAAUUGACAUUCCUAAAGAAGAAGCCCCGAUUAACAGAAUAAGACCUCUUGUAGCUUAA